CGCCGCCGGCCGCGCCGGGGAGGCCACGGCGAGGCGUGCGGCGGAGGCGGCCAGGGAGGACUUGCAGGUGCUGCUGCGGCAGAGCCUCGGCUUCGGCCCCGCCGUGCUCAUGGAGGCGCUGAACGACGCCCACGCUCGAGCUUCCUCACGGGGGCGGCGAGGCGGGCGCUGCAGGGCCUGCCCCGCGGGCGCAGGGCCGUGGCGGUGGUGGUGGACGGCUGCGGCUGGGAGGCGGUGUGGCUCGCGAGGCGCGCGGCGGCCCUGGGCCUCUGCGGGGUCUGCGCCGUGCGCGCGCGCGCCUCGGCGCUCGCCGGGCUCGAGGGCGCCCUCGCGGAGGCGAACGGCUGCUGCGUGCAGCAGUGCCUCUGGGAGGGCCUCGGGGCGCACCUGGAGGCGGCCGCGCCCACGGCCGUCCUGGUGCUGCUGUGCGGGUGCCUGGCGGCGCACCCGGCCUCGCCGGGCACCCUGGUGUCCCAGCUGGCGCAGGUGAAGAAGGAGCUGCCGCCCGGCGCCGCAGCCGCCGUGGUGCCGGCGCGCGUGCGGUGGCGGGGCGGACACGCGCGCUGCAGGGCGCUGAGAGAUGCGGGCGUGGUGGACACGGAGGGGCUAGCUGCCUAUGGCCUCGACUACGGCUUGGCCGCGGAGGCUCUGCGGGUGCACCACAGGUGGGUGCAGCUCUCCGAGUGCGGCGCCGAGUGGGAGGACCAUGAGCUUGCCACUAUGGACUUGCAGGAGGCCUGGGCGGCGCUGCCGGGCGAGCUGUGUGGCAGCGGAGCCGGCCCUGCCCUGGAGAGCGCGCUGCGCGUGCACGCCUCCACGCCUCGGCUCUGGCGAUGCCCGCGACGGGGGGCGCGGCCGACGCCUUCGUCUGGUGGACGGUGGCCGAGGGCGCCGCGGAGGCCGACGGUGUCGCCGGUGACGCUGCGGCCGGCAGCUCGUACGCAGCGGCCGUCUGUUCGUGCGCGCCAGGUGCCCGCGGCGAGCGGCGGACGUGGCAGGUGGCCGUCCUCGACCCGGAGGCGUGCCGGGGGCCCGUCGAGGCGCUGCUGCGCGCGGCGGAGGCCCGCGCGAAGGUGCCCCGUACCACGUCGGCAUGUUGAACGACGCUGCGCGGACGGCGUACUACGCCGCUGCAAUCCACCGCGCGCUCCACGCUUGCCCCGAGCGGAGCCCGUUGUGGCCUUGGACGUCGGCUCCGGCACCGGGUUGUUGUCGCUGCUGCUGGCGAGGCGCGCCGAGGGGCUCUCGUUGCCGCCGCCGCGGGUGGUGGCCGUGGAGGCGGAGCCAGAGCUGGCGGAGCUGGCGGAGCGGCUGGUGGCAGCGCACGGCUGCGGCGACCGGGUGGAGGUGCACUGUGCGCUGAGCACCGCGCUGGAGGGGCUGCCAGGCGCAGGGCGCGCAGGGCUGUGCGUGCACGAGAUUUUUGGCUCGGACCCGCUGUCGGAGAGGCUGCUCCCCUCCCUCCGCCACGCGCAGCGCGAGCUGCUGGCCCCGGGCGCCCUCCUCGUCCCCGACAGCUUCACGCUCCUGUGCGCCCUGUGCUCCAGCAGGAGGCUGGCGGGCGCCUUCCGGCCGCCCGCCUCCGUCCAGGGCGUGCGCCACGUGGGCGAGGUUUUCCAGGAUGCAGCCCCCAUCGUCGAGGCGAUGCACCUCUCGGAGGAGGGCGCCGAGGCUGCCGCGGACCCCCGCUGGCUGACCGAGCCCGCGGUGGCGCGCGUCUGCGCCCUGGCGGAGCUGCUCGGCGCGGCCCUGCCGCUGGAGGCCGCCGUGCGCCUCCGCGGCCCCGGCGCGCCCAGCGCCGAGCUCGCCGGCGAGGCGCUCUUCGUGGCCUUCUGGUUCCGCCUCGAGGGGCCGCCGGAGCUGGACACGCGCUCGGGUGCGGGCCCCUCGCGGCCGUGGGCGCCCUGCUUCCAGGCGCUGCGCGGGUGCUCCGCGGAGGCCUUCGCGCAGCCCUUCGUGGCGGAGCUGUCGCUGCGGCUCUGGGAGGACCGCGUGCGCUUCGCGCUGGCGGGGGUGGCCCUCGAGGAGGAGGCGGAGGCGGCCGAGCUCGGGGCGCUCUUCUCCGACUCGGAGGAGGGCGACUGAGAGGGUGGGGAUAUGCCUCGGCGCCUGGCGCGCGCGUAGGCGGUCACAGGUCCUUCUUCUUCUUCUUCUUCCUCCUCUUCUUCUUCUUCUUCUGCAGGUGCGUCAGCCUUCCAGAUUUUUUUCCGGGGGGGCGGGCGGAGCGGCCUUCCGUCAGCAUUCCGAAGC